AUGGUCACAGAGAUUUUCCUUUUGGGAUUUCAGCAUCUCAACAAUUUCAAAAUCCUUGUUUUUUCAGUGAUUCUUUUGAUUCACAUAUUGACCAUCUUUGAAAAUGUCCUUGUCAUAGUAUUGGUAACAAUCAGUCAAGAACUUCAGUCUCCCAUGUUCUUAUUUCUCCAACAACUCUCCUUAUCUGAUCUCCUGCAGUCUGUGGUUAUUGUUCCCAUCAUGCUCAGAACUGUAAUAAAUGAAGGAUAUAAAAUACCCCUUAUUGGCUGUAUUGCACAACUUUAUUUAUUUGCUGUCACUGAAGCUUUACAGUGUCUUCUUCUAACUGUGAUGUCCUAUGACAGAUAUCUGGCCAUCUGCAAUCCUCUGCAUUAUUCUUCCAUAAUGAACCUCCCAUUUUGUGUUAAAUUAAUUGUCAUGUCAUGGCUACUUGCCCUUAGCUUUAUACCAGUAACUGUGAUUACUGCAGCUACACAAGAGUUCUGCAACCAAAAUACCAUCAACCAUUUCUUCUGUGAUUACUUUCCCCUUCUAGAACUUUCCUGCUCAGACACCUCAUUAGCACGGAUAUUGACAAUCACAGUAUCCAUCGCUUUGUUACUUAUCCCCUUAGUGGUCAUUACUGGAUCCUAUAUCUGUAUUGCCCAUGAAAUCCUAAAGAUAACGUCCAAUAUUGGGAGACAAAAAGCCUUCUCCACCUGCAGCUCCCACUUGGCCGUGGUCUCCAUAUUUUAUGGGACUCUCAUUGGUGUUUAUGUGGUUCCCACAAAAAAACAGUCACAGACCAUUAGCAAACUUCUUUCUCUUUUAUACACAGUAGUGACUCCUUUUAUUAACCCAAUGAUUUACAGCUUGAGAAGUAAAGAUAUGAAAAAUGCCCUUAAAGAUAUUAUACAAUAA